AGAAACAAAGCAGAGCACCAUGUUGCGAACUUCAAUGAUUUUACCCGUUCCCGUAUGCAUCACGUCUUCGAUGGUGCAUUGAAUCACCCCAGAUGAAAGGUGGAAACUCAUAUGUUGCCCUACGAUAGUAUGCACAGUGAGUAGAGAUAGAUGUGUUGUGAUUGUCGUGGUCAAUAAUAAUUCUGAUUCUUUUCCUCCGAAAAAAACCGAAAGCGCGUCCACCACUUCGACUCCAAAUGAGGCCGCGUGAUUUCACCCAUGUCAUGAAACAACGCCACCGGGAGGCGCUCCUUCCAGUGCCAUUCGUGCUGCUACGCUUAUGCUAGGUACCUACGCAGAAGAUGAAGUUCUCAAGGAGCUGAAGUUUUCUCGUUGCCGAGGAUGUUGACCAGAGGGCCUUUCUCUGUCCGGCAGUUCCUGCGCACGACAGUGCUGUCAGUACUGAUUUCUCAACAUGUUUGUAGUUCCAGUAGCAGGAGCCAAACUCCCACCACUUCCUUCGUGACUGGGCUGAGAAUUGGCGGUACGAAGCAGGAAGAGCAGCAAAGCGGAUAUUCAGCUAACGAAGCCGAUUUCAUCCGAAGAGGAAGAGGACCUGCUGCGAGGACAAAAACAGAAGAGGACACUGUGCAUCAGGAGCCGAGGCGGGCGCGAGAUGAACCUCCCGAUCGGGAACAAUCGAUAAGCGCCUUCGUACAACCUCGACCAGGCAGGCCCUUGUUGCACAGAAGGACAUGGAAAGACGGCGCAACCACAUCUGGAAAAAGAGGACCACUACUUCUCGGAGCAGCAAGAAGAGGGGGAGAAACUGAAACGCCCAUGCUAGUAGGUGACAUCACCGAGAAGCCAUCCACUCUAGCUGCUGCCGGUUUUGCUGAGGAGAACAAGAGAACGCAAAUAACUACGUCGAACUUCUUAAAGCUUGGGAAGACCACACUGAGCAGUGCUAGUGCUUCGGCUACGUCCAGGACGAGGACAAGAACGGAGACCACACGAUCGCAUGAGAGUACUGCAGCACACGUUUUUCCCAAGGACGCAGAGACGCACAGGAGGCUCAAGCAAGGCCUAUUGCACUUCUUUGGGCCACCAUCUAAAAGUACAACUUCUGAAGUGGACGACAAUUUGUUUAAUUCAACUGCGUCACUUUACUCACGACGAGCCUCCUGCCCGCAAGGCCGCUGGUCGAAAACGGACGAGGAAGUGUCGGAGCUGUGUGCGAAGAACUUUAACGCUACGGAACGAAGAGUUUACAUCCGAGAGUUUUUGCCGCCUGAACAAACUAGUGCCUUCCCUACGCCGCCGGACCACGGCGAGAAGGCCGAUAAUUCUACCGCGGAAGAUGAACAAGAUUUCUGCUUUCCCGAGGGGCAAAUGGAGGAGGUCCGGUGCCCCAACAGGGACUGUGAGACCAAGCUGGUGCGUGUUGACCCCGCGGCUCCAGAUGCGCAGGGUCGCUUCGCGUGCAACAAUGGCCGUUGGUGGAUGCAAUUCCAGCAAAGUGAUUCCUGGAAAGUCAAUGACGGCAAGGAGUGCACUACUCUCUCUGAAUCUAAGGCCCACAAAGCUAUCCUGCCCGGCACCCCGACCUGCGGCACCGAAUGCGAGGGCUACUGGAAGGUUCCCGGCGUGCCGGAGACGGAAUCACUUCAGAAAACGCGAACUGAGCUGGUGCGAGACUUCUGUGCAAGAAAGUGGCAGGGCGUGCUCACGGCGGACAAAGUUCUAACUCUCCCGGUCGAACGGGAUUUGGUAAGCGGUUCCAAGGAGUACGUGAUGCCAAGAACCUCGGACUUCUUCCUGAGACAAACCUACCAGGUGACGCAGCACGCGGCCCAGGGGGGCAGGAAUUGCCCCAACAGGGAGAAAACAAAAGAGUACAUCUUCUGCGCCACUGAUUGCGAGUACGCGAUGUUCGGCGACUGGAGUGUUUGCGAAAACGGAACGCAAACGCGCGACCUCGAGGUGGUGAACCGGGAACAACCGGGAAAAUAUUUGCAAGUUUGCCAAUUCCAUCCCGACUUUCGAGAAAUGGUGAAGAAAAGCAAGACCGCGGAGAAAUUGAUAGCGGCAGAUAAAAAUGGUGUCGGAUCAUCGGGACUGAAGUACGCAAACAACAAGACGCUACAGGCGCUUGCCAAUAGCGGCCUGCAGAGGUAUUUUCUUUACCAAGAUGCUGAAACAAGUAGGAAUGCGUUGUCGAAUCGACCGAUCGAGCUCGAGGAGCACCGCGAGACGCGAAGUUGCGGCACGGACUGCGUUGGCGAAUGGGACUUUACCGAAGGGGAUUUGAAAAGGCAGUGUCUGUCGCAACUGAAGACCAGUUCCUACCUGCGGGGGAAAUCCAACGCUUUUGUGUGGCGUACGUUCAAGCACACGCAGUUGGCACAGGACGGCGGGAGAGAGUGUCUCUUCCAGGAUGGAUUCAAGGACUGGGUGAAGUGUGAUCCGGUGGAUUGCCGUGGCGUCUGGAGCACUUGGACAACGAGUGAGGCCGUGUGCGAGCACAAUACACACAGCGAUGCGGAGGUACUUUUGUUGGCAGGCGAGGAAAAGAAUAGAAAUGCUGGAACUACAACCAGUAAAGCAGAUGGUUCAGAACAAAGACAAACUAAAACGUCUUUCCUGGAACAUGAGCCGGCAAAACUUGCUGACAAAAUCAGCACCAAGACGAAAGUGCAGUUCCAGACCAAACCCACACUGCAGAGGCCAAGCGCAUCCUCCGCACUUCUGGCGAGUCCUGAGGAAAGCCCUACGACGAGUGCGACGACACGAGAACAAGAACCGUUCCAGUCCCGAAAAUUUUACGUGGAGCAGCCCGAGCUUUACGGGGGGAUUCCUUGUGGAUACGCCGAUGGCUUCAUCCAAAAGCGGCUCUGUGGACCGCAGUAUACGUACCCGGCGGACAGUAUUUCUGAAGAUUCCUCAGUACCAGGGACGACGGCAAGCACGGGCACGUCAAGCACUGCUGCUACUACGUUACCGACUGUGUCUAGUGUUAACCAACAUUCCCCUGUUGUAGUUCUCGAACAUAAACCGAUAAGAGCGCCAACUAGUGAAAUGAGACCACCAACAGGACCGGAGGUUGCGCCAGGACCGGUUGGGACAGCAUCAAUUAGUCAAUGGAGACCACCAAUGGUUGCGCCAGGACUGGUGGCGCUAGGUGGGCCACAAUUUCCUACUGGCGGAAAUGAUGCCGCUGGAGAAGGUGAAGAAGAUGAUAAAGAAAAUGAAAAUAAGGACGACAACGACGAGGAGAACAAUUACAUAGCGGAUCACCAACCACCAGCUGAACCAGGUCCCGAUGGGCCUCAGAUUGAGGAAAAGGCACCUGCAGCUCCACGCGGCCCCGCAGCAAAUAACGUCCCCGCAUUCGCAAACGGGAUUCAGCAAGAUCACUCUUGCAGCACAUUUGCCUGGGACAAGACGCGGGUUGAAGUUUUGGACAGUUGCAAAGCACAGCUCGAACAGCUGCUCGCGGACAAAAACGCACAAGUCGCGGCCGUCGGCCCGGAGGCGGUGGUUCCUGGCAGCUUGGACGCGGAGUACCUAGACAAGGCGAAGAGCAUACAAGUAGAAGUGAAAUUUAUGCAGACCAGGGAGAAGAAUCAAAGUACAGGUGGCGAAGAAGAAACAGGAAACAAGACUGAACAGGGCCUGUUCCAGCAGUACAAUGGAGACGAAACAAGCAAAGCGGACGAGAAGGAGAAAAAAGCCAGCAAUGGAGAAAGUAUUGCAAACGGUAAAAACUCUACCUGCGUCUUUCAGGAAAACGAGACGAAGCAAAUUCUCUGUCGCGAGGCGCUCACGGAGCAGUUUGACAGGUUAGGGUUUGCAAAGGACGAGGCCCAGGAGACGGAACAGAUUAUAGCACAACAGACGGUCGCAGAUCUGGGUCUAGGAGGUGGAGGCGCAGGAGCUGCUCCUCAGGGUUAUUUUGCUCCUCCGUCCGCCUCCGCGAGUCGUGAAAUAUUUCUUUUGUCGGAUGUCCUCAACUUAUUCUCCCCGUUUUCCGGUGGCACACACGAAGGCAGCACAAGCAGAACUAGUGCCACGACUUCUGGAUCAGCAUCCACGACAGGAGAGGAAGAGAAUGCCACGACUUUUGGCGAUCACGAAAGUUCUUCCAGUUCUUGUCUCUCCUGCACACCUUCCACCUGGACACCUUGCGGCUGGAUGGGUUUCCUCGCGUUUGUCGGCGGGCUUCUGUAUCCUGGGCAAAAGUAUGGUCACUGGUAGUAAUUAUCGCAGUCAUGCAUGACAAGAGUCGUUCGUAAGCAUGUGCAUGAGCUAAAUGAGCAUUACAAAGUAGAACUUCAUUUCUCGUGCUUGAAAAAAUUUGUGAAGAUGCUAUCGCUACUAGCUACGAUACUUUUGCAAUCCAUAUCCUGCUCAUAACGGCCGCGGCUGGUGUGGUACUGUCUGCGGAUGAUUACAUAGACUCGUCUGACUUCGAUGAGAUGGAAACACAAACAGAGACGGACGAGUCGGAAAUGUUGCGUGCCGCGGCCGCCCGCGGCGCCUACGAUCCGGAAUCCUCGGAUCUUUCCGACUCGCAGAAAGAGCACAUUCUCGAGCAGGAAAGAACGCUGCGGAAAGGAGAAAAAAAGUUGAGGCGGAAAAGGGAACAACCUCCUAAGCGGACAAACAUCUUUACCGCGCUAAAAACGAGAAUAAGGCGGGGUCGCGCUGGUGCUGCUGGAGGGGCGGCUCGUACAGCUUCUCCACGUGCUGGACAAGUAGGAGGCGCCGAAACUCCUCGCGGUGAGCAGCAGAGAAAGAACAUCUUCUCCUUCUUUCGAAGGAAGAAGAACGCUGUGACCACAGCAGCUGAACCUCCGGUACCAAAUCCAUUCUCUUCAGGAGCCGACCACACGAUAGGGACGAACAAGGUUGCAGUUGUUCCUCCUACUAGCACUACUUCGUCCAGCAUCAAGGACCACUUGCACUUCCUCCGCACGGCUGACAACAAAACUACGAGUGCUGGUGCCCCGUCGAUCCUCGCUAAGGAGCGCGAACAGCAAAAAUUGCAGGGCGUGGCCGGGAAUAGUAAUAAACUUGGCGCCAGUGCAGCGAGUACCAGUAGAUCUGGCUUUAUGCAACUUUCUGGUCAAGGCGGUGAUGAGCACUCUUCUCAUACCACGGUGAUACAGGACUCGAACCUCCUGACUUUUGAGUUCAACAGCGGAAGCAAGUAUACCGUGCCCCUGCAGGCCGCAACCGCAGUGCAUCACGGGGGAAAUGAUUACCACGAUGCAGAGGAUCUGCAUAAAGUUAAAGACAGUACUUCGAACAGAAUCAAAACAACAGGAACUACAGAAUCAAAACAACAGGAACUACAGCGACAAGACCAAGAAGGAUUUACCACGUCAGAAGUCGCUGCUGCGGUGCUGGGGCUGGAGAGGGGAGCCGCCAGCGCAGUGUUUCGCUACUCCGGUAUGGAAUCGGCUGUCGGCACAGCUUCUGCGAGGAUGAAGUCCUCGACCAGAAGUCGGAAGAGCAGCUCGAGAAUAGUAAGCCGCGAUCAUUCAUCUCAUGAUCGGGCGUCUAGUAGCAGAGGCUCCUCCACGGCGUCCGCGUCUGCCUCUUCCCUCGAUAGUGUAGUUGGUCGCGUCACAGCGACGGGGGCUCCGCGUAGUUCAAGUAGAGGAACCAAGAGACUAAAGAAGAAGCAAAAACUGAAAGGAGAUUUAGACCUGCGGAGUCAUGAGGUGGAACACAAGGGCAAGAUCAAGAAGAAAAAAGAAGAAAAGCAAAGCGGCAGAAAGUCGAGGUCCCGAAGCGUAACACCACGUGGUGCGACGCAAGAAAACCGCGGCCGUACCGGCUCCGGUGCUGGUGACCCAUUAGGAUUCGCUGCCAGUGUAGUUCCUGGCGCUGAGAGUUUGGAGAACCGCAAAAGCAGGCGAGCACUAGCGCCAAGAGCACCUUCAUCACAUCAUAACCAAACUUCGUCGGCCAUAGACUUCGAAAGCAGCCACUUCACUCCGAGGAAGAGCCGAGUGCGGACAACGACGGCGCAGAACACUUCUGCAGACGCAGCACAUGAGCAGAUUGCUCAGCUUGGUAAUUUAUCGGCGAAGAGGAAAAGAAAGACGAAAUUAGCUGGCGCUGAUUCUAGUUCAUCGGAAGACCACCUCGGUGAGAAAGUGGAGCCCAUUCUUGACCCAGCAGAGGCGGCGCGCGGUAAAAAAGGCGGGAGGAAAAAGAAACCUGCUUCCAAGAACGCAGAUGGUUGAAAGUGAAAGGCUGGGGCAGGGGGAGCUGCUUCGAAAAGCUACUAAUUUAGUUGUUUGCUCAAAUUUAUGUAGAAAUAGAAGUCUCAAAUUUAGAAAUUUUUUCUCCAAUUAUUCUGCGCGAAUUUUUUGAUGGUAUCGCAGUAGCAGCCGGAGUAGUCAGACUCCUGCGCACUAGCGCGGGCAUCUACUGCUGCGCUAAAUCUUGUAAUUUUCUAGCGAUUCUCUCUUUUUAGAUUCAGACGGUAUUGUCUGAUAGUUUUUGACCUGUACCCCUCGUUCGCGAGCCCCUUUUUU